AUGGCCGCACGCAGGGUGCUCAAGGACUACAUCCCAGGCAAGAUCGGAUACGCACCAGGCUUUCUCCCGCAAAGAAGUAGCGCAGUCAGGCAGCCAAAACCACUUCCUCUGCCUGAAAAGACAAGCCCUGCCCCCAAGAAGGAGUUCAAGUCCAAUGCAGCCUAUGCAGUAUGGAAGCGGGAGAUGGCAGAGAAGCGCAGGGGAUACAUGGUCGCGCAUCUGGAGCAUACCCAAGCGCAGAUCCCCAUCAAGGCCGCCCAGGACAGAGCAAAGAUGCUCGAGGGACGGGCAAAGCGAGAAGAAGCCCUGACAAAGCCUAUCAGUGAGGCAGAGCGGCUAAGUCUGCCGUCGAUUGAGGCGACACUCGCACAAGAGUACCCCAUACUAGACACUGGCAAGGAGGAAAGAGCAGCGCGGCGGCGGAGCAAUCGACAGGUCAAGGCGCAGAUGGAAACGGAGGACAGGCUUGCAGAUUUGAUUGACAUUCACCACGCAGCAGAAGGGUAUGCGUGUACGAUGCAGCAGCUGGACACGAUGCUGGAUACCUGCUUCACGACGACCUCCGUUGCACCUAUGCCGAAGCACACGAUGGCGACCUUGAAGAAUAAUCUGCUGCUGUCAUCGACACGGGCGCAAAUGGAAGAGCAGCUGCUGGGGACGGCGGCGGGAGGCAAGCCAGGCAUUGCAGAGGUGCUUCCGCUCCUCCACAAGCAAUCCCAGCCAUAG